AUGAAUUCCCAUUUGGACCACCAAUCACAAAGCCAAGGCAACCAUGCUCUUAAACCCAGAAAGAAAAGGCUUACUAGAGACCAAAUUAAGCUCCUGGAAACAAGUUUCAAUGCCAACCAGAAGCUGAAAGCAGAAAACAAGAUUGAGCUCGCCCGCCGACUGGGCCUGCCACCAAGACAAGUUGCAAUAUGGUAUCAGAAUAGAAGAGCCAGGCACAAAAAUGAUGCCACAGAGCAAGACUAUAAGAACGUCCAGCUAGAGCUAGGUAAUGUAUUGGCAGAAAACAUGAGGCUCGAGAAACAAGUUAGCAUGCUUAGGUAUGAGCUGAACAAGGCUCAACAAACGAUACUUUUUGGAUCAACAACAGCUGCUACAACUCUCCCUUCAGUUUCAGGAUCUAGCGAUGAGCAGGCAAACUCAAACUCUCCUGGAAACAUGAUUUGUAAUUGGGAAGAUGCUGGAAAUGAUGACAUGUUUCCUGUAGAAGAGCUAUAUCCUUGUUUGACAGGCUCUGGCACUCUGUUAUGGCCUCUUAGCUGA